GUCACAAUGCACAAACAAUUCAGAUAACUGGGAAUGCUUUGAUUUAAGGUUUUAAGCUGCACGGUUCUUACUUCUAAAAGACAGUACCAGCCGAAAGCUAGGUAGCUCGCAUUAACGAAGUUCCUCUAAAUGUCCAUUGUGUUCUGUUUCUGAAAUAAUUCUGGCAGUUUUGUGAGUCGAAAAAUGAAGUAGACCUGCCUAAUUAAUCGGUAAACCUGAAGAGACAUUAUGGACGGCGGCGUCAUCGGAGAGAACGUCGCUUCCAGACAUAAAAGUAACGAGGAUGAGAGUCGAAUCCCAGUCCCUAAUCCCAGGGUGUUCCGGCGCUCGGCGUCACUACGCUUGCGUGGUGAGAGGCCCAGUCCUCGGUCAAUCCCGGCGCCCAUAACCGAAGGCGGGAAGUCUUGCGUCAAAGCCUGGUCCAGCAGCCGGGAGCAUAAUCGCAGCCAAUCUGUAAGCAGCAGUCGUCUACUGGAAACCCCAAGCUCCGCCCUCAACUCAUACCCUCACACUCCAACUCCAUCACCAGAGGAAGCAUUAGAAAUGGAUGAUGACAUGAAUUCGCUUAAGAGUUUUGGAAGUGUCUGCAGUGCAAUGUCCUGUGACCAUGCGUACUUCGCUCGCAAUGGUACAACAUUUUCUGGCAGGCGUAUGAAGUAUGUGGUCCACUGCUCACCACACAUGGAUGGUACAGAAGAGUACCUCACCCCUACACAGAGGGCCAACAGACAGAUACACAAGCUUAAGGCUCUGCUAACCCAAGCACAUAGAGACAUGGAGUUGAAGGAUCAAGACAUUAUGCGGUUAACCAAAGAGGUUGCGGAACUAAGGUUAUAUAAAGCACCACUGGUUGUAUCCCAGAUAAGAACAGAUUCCACAGACAACACUGUUACCGUUCAGAGCCACGAUGAGACAGACGGGAAGGAGGCGUCACUGCAAGAGCAGUUGAGUGGUGAUGCCACACAGGACUCUAAAGAUGUGGCAAGUGACCAUGAAGCUCUUGAGACCUCAUCAUUAACAUUAUUAGAGAACAUUAACGCAACUUCUGAUCUACCACCAUCUCUAGCUGACUCUGGCCACUUUGAAGAUAUGACAUCAUUCUCAGUCCACUCUAAGGACUCUCUAACACAUCUAGGCCAACUUCUGCACUCAACAUGCCUCGCCCAGUCCACAGUAGCCCAUAAAGAUGGGCCCACUGCUGAAGACAGAGAAGGAGAGAGGACUCGCAUUGUUACCAUGUAUGAGAAGAGGCUAGAGGAGAUGCAAAGAAACCAUGUGAAUGAAUGCCAGGUGAUGAAGGAGCGACACAAUGACAAGGUCGAAAACCUGUUGCAGAGACUCAGCGAUGUCAACAACAGGUACUGUGAGCUGCGAACAGAUUACGACAGGGGACAGGACAGGAUCCGGGAGCUAGACAAGAACAAUGAAUCUCUGAGGAGGAGUAUAGAGGAACAGGAAGAUAGACACAAGUCAAUGUACCUGAAGAUGUACAUGAAGGGACAAGAAGCAGCCAAGUUUGAGCAUGCUGAUCAGGUUUUAGAGUUUGCCCACCGAGCCCCUACUCGAGUGUCAGUACCAGAAUUACUUCAGCAACUGCAAGUUACUGAGAAUGAAUUGGAAAAUAUCAAGGAUAUGGACCACCAACAAACAGACAAAACAAAGCCAGCUUUGCUCAGUGCAAAGGAGGCCUUAUCUCUAUGGAUACUUGGUACUCGUAAGGCUAUGUACCGCAGAAUUGUGGAGGCUCGCACUGGUAAGGCUGAAAUGGACCCUGAGAUUACAUUGCAGUUCCUAAAGUCUGCAAUCUACUACUUCCUCACUGACAAGGAGAAUCACCAAGGUCACUUGAACGCAAUAGAAAGUAUCUUGGGUUACAAUGAGAAUGAGAGACUCAACAUUGACAAGGUGUACAGAUCUCACACCAAGAAAUAGUUCCUCUAUAAUCUUGCCUGUUACAUUUAAGCUGUGAUGCAUUGCAUAUGUUAGACCUUGGAUGUGCAGACACAGUGGGAUAGAGAAAGAACAACCCAUUUAACUGACAAUUUGAAAUCAUUUAUUUAAAUAUUUAUAUAGAAUUAAUUCAAACUAAUGCAAACUUAUUACAAGAUUUCUGUAUACAUAUGUGGUACUUGUUCUCACACAUAAAUGUUUACACUACUAUGCAGUAACAUUGUGCAGCUAGUGUCACAGGAAUGGGCAGAAGUCUCACAACUAUCAAUAUACACAAAAUUAUUAAUAUGGUGGUUAGUAUAUAAUGACCUUAAAUGCCCUGUGCAGACCCUAGGAAAGUCUAUAAAAUUCACCUUUGCAGAGAGGACACAAAAUUUAAUGUCUGCUUUAAACUGAUUAAUAUUACUGUUAUUAUCUAUGGUGAUGGUGGCUAAAAAACUAUUGGUGGUGUUAUCCAAUCACCUGAAGGUACAAAAUAGAUUCAAUUUCUCUAUAUGUUAAAUACAGCUCUGAACAAAUUACCAAAUGUUUGACACAAUCUCGACGUACGUAUAUAUUAAGUCACUGUAACUAUGAACAAUGCAAUGUUAGUAGUCCUACCAGUAGUGCCUGGACAUUUAAGGAUCCAUCACAUGCAAUGCAUUUGGUUGUAUGAUUAUAGCUAAGCUAUUUCUGUUCAUAUAUUAUAAUUCUAAGCAAAUUUUUUUACUGAUAAGUUGUACCAAGUAAAUACUGGUAAAAUCUUUGAAGAGGUCAAAUUCAAGAUUUAAAAUUUUUAUCCAAAUUAUUAACAGCCUUCUUGUGUCUGCAUUUGAUUUGACUUUUCUUUUGUCCUUAUAGUUACAGAAGCCUUAUGUUCUAUUUAUUUUGGUAUUUCACAGAAAAUUUAAUGUGUAAUGUGCAUUUCCCCCCAAAAGAAGACAGUUCUUAGAUAACUGAAUCAUCCCCAGCUCAGAAAUUGUGUAUUCUUUUCAAAUAGUGCAAGUAUUCUAAGCAGGCCUUAAAUCCUGAAACAAUAUUUGCCUUCAUGAAUGAUAUGGUGUUUUAUGCACUCCAGUUUUAAUCGUUUAUAUGCUACUUUCAGUCAACCAUCUCCCACUGGGAACAAAGCACUGAAAACAUAUACUGACCUUUUCCUCACAAUCUUGUACGACUGUAGCUAUAAGUUUCGGUCUGGUGUGAACUCUAUUUCUAAUCACAUAGCAUCAGUGUGGUUCAGAUUCUCUUUAAUCGAAUGAAGUAUGUAAUUUUUGUUUCUUUCAGCACCAAAAAGUGUGUGUGAAACUUUCCUGUUAUUGUUCUACAUAGAACUAUGAAAUAAGAAUAUGAUGACAUGGGCAAUCUUAUUGGUACUGGGAGGAGAAAGUAUGUGGGCAGUUGUGGCUCAAGGUGAAAGAGCAGAAACCAACAGCUAGUUUAGCAAUUAGGACUUUCUGCAAUACCUUUUAUUUGUGUAGUAGGAAAACAUUUCCUGAAUACUAAACAGUUAUACAAAAUGGUUUAAGAGACAUUUAAGUCACUACAAAAGUAUGUCAUUUCAUAUCAAUGCAAAAAGGAGCAACAGGCUCCUGUAUAAUGUGACUGGAAUUGAAAGGCUCUUUGUUUGCUCAUGGCAAGAAAAGUUUUAUUCCUGCUCCAUCCGCUAUGUGAAAUCACCAUACAGAAAAACAAUCUAAAGUUCUGUAGGUGAAAAUACAAAAUACACAGGGAAUUAUGUAAGGUCUUCUUACAGACGUCACGUACGGGAACAGGUAUCUUAAAAUGUUGAGACUGACAGUGGCCUCUAUAUUUAUCAAUAUUUUUUUCUUGUAAAGAGGAAAAGACUGAUUUAUAUGAUGUCAAGAUUUGGAUGAAUGGCAUACUAUAAAGCCUUGUAUCUGUAUGACAUUACUACAGCACAGAUGUUUAUAUGAAUAGCAGUUUACAGCUAUGAUGCUAGACUUUCAAUUGAGGACAUUUGUACAUGAACAAAAUUCAUGUUUGUUUCUUAAUACAGUAGCUUAUUAAUUUCACACAACAGGAAGAAACUUAAUAGGUAAGAUGAAAAAUGAACAAAUAAAAACAAAGUAUCUAACUCAUGGAAACAAGGCUAUGGGGGGACUAAAAUUAAAAGCACGCUAAUGUAGAGUAAACACCCAAACACAGUUUCUUGCUUGAAAGUGCCUUCCUCUCCCACCCUGUCUUUUACACUUUAGUAAUAACAGUUGGGCAUACAAUAUUACCCCUCCACUUCAAUGAAAAACAGUAAAUUAUGAGAGAAUAGGACCUCAAACUUCGAAUUAAAUUAGAAAAAUAAGAAAAAACUCUGCAUUGGUGUAUUAUCUACUUUUCUUCCAGUUUCAAAGGUGAUUGUUUUACAAUGUUGAAAGUCUAAUAUCAUGAUAUAUUUGGUGCAAACUUGAAACAGGAUGUAGUGUUCCUUGAACCUUCUCCCACUUAUCCCAGUGAAGCUACCAGUUUCCACUUUAAUUACAAUUUUCCACCAAUUAUCAGCUGUACAUGGAACUUGUAAUAUUUUAUGAGUUAUGUAAAUAUAAGUGAUUCAUGUUGAAA